AGUGGAAAUUGUUUGACAGGGAGGGGAGCGACCUGUGUGCAGGGAUUGGAAAUAGAAGUUACUUUUUUAGUGUAUCAGUCGCAGUUUUUUUUUUUUUUUUUUCUGAGCGGCCGGGUAGGUAGAGUGACUCGCAUGUGACAAAUGAUUUUUACGAGUCUCAGCAACAGGCAUAGUACAAAAUGUCACGGACUGUUUCAGCCUUGAGCACAGGGAAGCGCGACUAACGUCCACUGCAACGCGAAAAAUAUUCAGCGGGGAGAGAAUGCGAAUGGUGCGAAGAGACCGAAACCAAACAAAAUGGGAACGAUGUAGCGUCGCUGCGGCAUUCCAUAUAGCUAGAACUAACGCUAGAGUAGAAAAUAGAUAGCCAAGGAGCUAGCAAGUUAACUAAUAUACAUGCAAAGUUAUUCCCCGGAGACGCUGAAACGCAGCCUGUAGGUGGCUUUUGAAACAGAAGAGUUCGCCAGUAUUGAGAAAUCAGAGGAUCGGCAACUGGAAGAUGCUACGUAGAAGACUGAACCGCUUGCUUGGUGGUGAUGAGAGACGGGUUGACAGUAGGACUAUCUAUGUUGGUCACCGGCCAUGCCCUGCCACUGAGGCUUUUAUCCCACCCAAGUUCUGUGAUAACAGGAUUGUGUCCUCAAAGUAUACAGUGUGGAACUUUCUGCCAAAGAAUCUGUUCGAACAGUUUAGGAGAAUUGCCAAUUUCUACUUCCUUAUCAUCUUCCUGGUGCAGGUGAUAGUGGACACCCCCACCAGCCCAGUCACCAGUGGCCUACCUUUAUUUUUUGUGAUCACAGUAACAGCUAUCAAGCAGGGCUAUGAGGACUGGCUGCGGCACAAAGCAGACAAUGAGGUGAAUAAGUACCUGGUGACUGUGCUAGAAAAUGGACAGAAAAUACGGACAGAGAGCGAGAAGAUCAAGGUUGGAGAUGUGGUUGAGGUGAAGGAAGACGAGACCUUUCCCUGUGAUUUGAUUCUGCUGCAAUCUAGUCGGGAUGACGACACCUGCUUUGUGACCACAGCCAGUCUGGAUGGAGAGUCCAACCAUAAAACACACUACACAGUGCCAGACACAGAGAAGGAUCUGGAAUCUCUCAACGCCACCAUCGAGUGUGAGCAGCCGCAGCCUGACCUCUACAAGUUUGUUGGCCGUAUGCACAUAUACAAGAAAGAUCAGGAGCCUGCAGUGAGGUCUUUAGGUCCAGAGAACCUGCUCCUGAAAGGGGCUACUUUGAAGAACACCCAGAAAAUCUGUGGUGUUGCAGUUUACACCGGCAUGGAGACAAAAAUGGCUCUCAACUACCAGGGCAAGUCUCAGAAGCGGUCUGCUGUGGAAAAAUCCAUCAAUGCCUUCCUUCUGGUUUACCUAUGCAUCUUGGUGAGCAAAGCCCUGGUGUGCACUACGCUCAAGUAUGUGUGGCAGAGUGAGCCUGGACAGGAUGAGCCUUGGUAUAACCAGAAGACCCAAAGAGAGAAGGACACCAAUCUGUACCUGAAGAUGUUCACUGACUUCCUGUCCUUCAUGGUGCUCUUCAACUUCAUCAUCCCAGUGUCCAUGUAUGUGACGGUGGAGAUGCAGAAGUUCCUGGGCUCCUUCUUCAUCACCUGGGAUAAGGACUUUUUUGACCCUGAGAUCCAGGAGGGGGCUUUGGUCAACACUUCGGAUCUCAACGAGGAGCUGGGACAGGUGGAGUAUGUCUUCACCGACAAGACAGGUACUCUCACUCAGAACAACAUGGAGUUCAUCGAGUGCUGCAUCGACGGCUUCCAGUACAAGUACCGGGAUGCAGGCUCAGAGCUGGAUGGAUUCUGUGUCACAGAUGGGCCUGUGAGCAAGCUGCAGCAGAAAGCUGGCAGGGAGAAGGAGGAGCUGUUUCUGCGGGCCCUGUGUCUGUGCCACACGGUGCAGGUGAAAGAGUCCCCAGGCCCGGGACAGGGUCAAGCGGAUGGGCUGAUGGACCAGGUGGAUGGCUUGGGGUUGGGUGGAGAGGUGCUUCGACCAGAGGAGCAGAGAGGUUUUAUAGCGUCUUCACCUGAUGAGGUGGCUCUGGUCAAGGGUGCCAUGAGGUAUGGCUUCACGUUCCUGGGCCUGGAGAGCAAGAACAUGAAAAUUCUGAACAGGAACAAUGAUGUUGAAAUGUAUGAGCUGCUUCAUGUGUUGAACUUUGACCCAGUGCGAAGACGAAUGAGUGUAAUUGUCAGAUCCAAAUCAGGUGAUACACUGCUCUUCUGUAAAGGGGCAGAUUCUUCCAUCUUCCCCCGUGUCAGACCGGAGGAAGUGGACAGGAUACGCAUGCACGUUGAACGUAACGCUACGGAAGGCUACCGGACACUGUGUGUGGCCUACAAGCAGCUUAGUGCAGAAGAGUAUGCACAAGCAGACGCAGGGCUGAGGGAAGCCAGGCUCGCCCUGCAGGACAGAGAGGAGAAGCUCAUGGCUGUUUACAACCAGGUGGAGACAGGCAUGAGCCUAAUAGGAGCUACGGCUGUGGAAGAUAGGCUUCAGGAGGAGGCAGCAGAGACCAUGGAGGCUCUGCAGGGAGCAGGCAUGAAGGUAUGGGUGCUGACAGGGGACAAGAUGGAGACGGCCAAGUCCACCUGCUAUGCAUGUAGGCUGUUUCAGAGAAACACAGAGCUAUUAGAGCUAACAGUGCGCACCCUGGAGGAUGGAGGGAGGAAACGGGAAGAGCGACUGCACGAGCUCCUGCUUGAUUACCAUAAGAAAGCUGUACAGGAUGCACCACCAGUCAAGGCAGGUGUUACCAGGAGCUGGUCUACAGCCAACCAGGACUAUGGUUUUAUCAUAGAUGGAGCCACUCUGUCCAUGGUGCUCAACUCCUCCCAUGAUUCCAACUCUAGUCGCUACAAGAGUCUGUUCCUGCAGAUUUGUCAGAACUGCACUGCUGUGCUCUGCUGCCGAAUGGCACCUCUACAAAAGGCACAGAUAGUGAAAAUGGUGAAGAAUUCUAAAGGUGGCCCCAUCACCCUUUCCAUCGGAGAUGGAGCCAACGAUGUCAGCAUGAUUUUGGAAGCUCAUGUUGGCAUUGGUAUUAAGGGUAAAGAGGGCCGGCAGGCGGUGAGGAACAGUGAUUACGCCAUCCCCAAACUCAAGCACCUCAAGAAGCUCUUGCUGGCACAUGGGCAUCUCUACUAUGUUCGCAUUGCUCACUUGGUGCAAUAUUUCUUUUACAAGAACCUUUGCUUCAUCUUACCCCAGUUCUUGUACCAGUUUUUCUGUGGCUAUUCACAGCAACCCCUCUACGAUGCAGCCUAUCUGACGAUGUACAACAUCUGCUUCACCUCUAUGCCCAUCCUGGCCUACAGCCUUUUGGAGCAGCACAUCUGCAUUGAGGUUCUGUUGGACAAUGCUACCCUCUACAGGGAAAUUGCCAAAAAUGCCAUGUUGCGGUGGCGACCCUUCUUCUACUGGACUGUACUGGGGGUUUUCCAUGGCUUGCUCUUCUUCUUUGGUGUCCGAUACCUGUUUAGUAACCCGGCAUUGCAAGAUAAUGGCCAGGUGUUUGGAAAUUGGUCCUAUGGAACGAUAGUCUUCACUGUCCUCGUCUUCACUGUUACGCUAAAGCUCGCUCUGGAUACAAGGCACUGGACUUGGAUCAACCACUUUGUCAUCUGGGGCUCCCUGGCCUUCUAUGUGUUUUUCAGCUUCUUCUGGGGAGGCAUCAUAUGGCCCUUCCUGAGGCAGCAGCGUUUGUAUUUUGUGUUUGCCAACAUGCUGAGCUCUGUGUCAGCCUGGCUGGUCAUCAUCUUGCUCAUCCUGCUCAGCCUACUGCCUGACAUCCUGCUAGUGGUGUUCCGCAAGCCCCGCGGGCCCAAUGCAAGACAGAAGAAGCCUGUUGAGUCGAGCAUGGGGGGCCCCCAGUCUCCCCGGUCUUCAGCCAGGCCCCUGCUCAUGAGAACCUUUUCAGAUGAGUCCAAUACUGUCAUUUAAACAGCUGUCAGAGGACUCCCUCCUACAGACAUCCAGAUCGCAGCUGUCACACCACUGUCCUACAAGCACCUGAAGGAGCGCGAGUGAAGGGCAGUAAGGAGUGACAACAACAUUGGUAUCUGCCUCUUUCAGGAUCCCAUACCAGUCAGGCCACAGCCCGCCAUAUUGCCUGAUCUAAGUUGAAGAGGAGGAAAAAGAGCAACAAAAAUGAUCAGAAGAAAAAGAGAGAGCAACUGACUGAGGGGAGGGGGUGAAAAGGGGUCUAGCAGUCUUUUGUCUUGCUGGUGCUGUGUCUCCCUGCUCCGUCCUUCUCUGCCCCCUCCUCAGCACGCCUGCAGAGCAGUGCACUGCAUUACUGGCCCAUGCAGCACAGGCACAUUUGUACCACAUUUUUUAAACUUAACUACUCAGAUGAGAGGCAUGAAUUUUCUGCAGUUUUCUUUCUUUUCCUUCUGUUGUUGUUUUUUAAUACUAGCUUAAAAAUGAAUGCAUACACGGCUGCCUUGUCAGUAGCUCUACCGACUGCUGUGGUUCAACAUGCAGUUGCAAGAUUCACUGUCCUAGAAUGGGUGAUGUGCAUGAAAGGAGGCUCAAAAGAAUGCCACAUUCCACUAAUGGUCAUGUUCAUAUUUUGAAAAGUUUAUAAGACAUGUUGGUCCCACUGUUCCAAUUUCAACAGUUAUUACAUUUUCAAAGGUUAUUCUACUAUGGACGGUUGUUACAGUUUUAAACAGGUAUUGCACUCCACAGGUCCAAAACAUUGUUUAAUAACAUUGAAAAGUUCCUGUAUGUGAAAUCAGAGACUGUUAAAUUAGUCAUCUGUUUUCUGGCCUGUUAAUGUGACUGAUUUUUUUUUUUUUUCCAAUUAUGUUUUUAUAAAAGAACUACAUUCUGCAUAACUGAGGUGGCAGAGGAUUUAAUUACAGCCAUUUUGCCAUUCAACCCAAAAAGUGUGUAUGUUUGAGUGUCUGUGACCGAGUGAAAGACUAGAGAUCUUAAUCAUAUUCUGGCAAUGAAAAAUGUCUGCCAGCGUUGCUUAGAGCAUGACCUGAAUCUUCGACCUCAGUGAUAACUUAAAGAGAUCCCAAUAAAGAUGAGAAAAUUAAUAUAUGUGCUGUACUGUAUAUAGCUUAGAGAUGUAUGAUAGCCUCUGCUCAAAGCCAAAAACAUGUCUGAAACAGAGAGCGCCCAAUACUGUCCAAACAAGUGUGAGCUCAAAGUGACGAGUUUGUGUGUGUGUAUGUGUGUGUGCGUGUGUUACAUAAAUGUGCACAGCUGUACUGGAUGAGAAUAGCCAGAAACAUACCUGUGUCUAGUGAACAACAGGAUUACUUGAACCUUGUAGAUGUAGUAUGGUAGACAUUACCUGCACUAUAAAGGAAAGUGGCUCGUUCCUUGGAUGCACGGUCACAAAGGCACAUUGACAUAUGCCUGAGCACACAUAUGCACAUAUCACAUAGACCAUAAUACACAUGUACACACAGAAUGACCACACACACAUUGUACACAAGUAAAUGCACACAUGCACUAAAGCCUGAAUUGGGUAUUUUUGUUUAUGACCCAUUUGUUAUGUAGUUUGCAUUAUUUAUCUCAGUUGGGCUGAGGUUUGGGGGGUAACAAAACCAACUUCAGCCCUUUUUCUGUCACAUCACCAUAGUUAAUGCCACUGUGAGGCUCUCCUUUCCACCUCCCUACCUUUCUGUUUUGGUCAUCUGAUUCUCUAAGCUGGUGGCUAACAGGAUGGAGUGAGUGGGCUGUUGCGCCUUUUCUGUCCCUUCCUUUAACUUCAAGUGUGUAGCGCUUCAUACAUUCCAUUUAUACAUGCCAUGAUUUGAAACACUUUUAGAUAUUGUAUCGAAAGAUUUCUUUUUUUUUUCUGUCUUUUUUUUUUUUCAAACAUGUAAUGUCUUUGGCAUAUUUAUUAAGUGUAAUUUUACUCACAAAUAUUAUAUUUUUAUGACAUGGAACUUUUUUAUUGUGGAGAGUGAUCAGCUUUGUGCCAGUUAUGUUUGCCUGUGUUACUCCAGCUCUGAGAUAAGCCUGUGCCAAUCCAUUUGAUAGCCUUUGUCAUACAUGCAAAGAUGGGCAGCCCCCCCAAUUAACUUCUCAACGGUAACCACUCCUUUCACCAUCCCAGGUGAUACGACUUUGUCAGAAGGACUUUUUGCCACAAAUCUUUGACUUUUUGUGUAACAAUCAUCAGCUGCUAUGGAGGCUUAAAAUAGAGCAAACAUAUCUGUCAAUGAUUAUUUCAUUGUUAUUUUUUUUUCUGUACUUUUUGAAACGUGUUCAAACCAUAACUCCAUCCUUACUGUGGUACUCUUUAUUGUAUUUGACCACAUUGACUGUAACUUUAACUAUCAUAAUACUGAGUUUCUCUUGCCUGGCACAUGCAGUCAAAGAUGCAAAACUUUCAUGCCAAAUGGAGAUGUGAAAAUGUGAUGAACAUUCAUGUGUGUGUGUGUGUGUGCUUGAAUUAUGGAAGAAGAAGGUUCUUCUGGCAUCCAUUUGAGCAUCAUUUUGUUCUGUUUUCUGAAAUUGUUUGUUUUCUGAACAGUUAUUGAUGCCAGAUGUUAGGAGAAGGAGAUUAAACUGUCCUUUUACACUGUGGCAUGAGCGUGCCACCUCCAGACUGCACUGUGCCAGGGAUAUGGAGGAGGACACAUUGAGAGGGGCUGCCUGCUUUGUUGAAAACAAACCUUUAAAUAACAUCAGAGAUGCUAUUUUCAAAGCUUAAAUCAUUCUUGGAUUCUAAUGUUUUGCCUGUCUAAAUGAAAACUAUAAAAGAAUGGAUUGUAUUUUUAAUGCAACAUUUUUCCAGCCACUUUUGUAAGAAAACAAAACGUCCAAAAAAAAAAAAAAAAAAAAAAAGCACGAGAGGCUCUGUGGAUAUGGAGACUGGCCCUGUCUGUGAGGGGUUGAA